AUGUUCUUCCUAAAAAUUGUCGUUUUCUUGUACUUGAAACUGUCGCUUUAUGAGUUUGGUUUUUCACACGAAAGCCGAGAUCACCAGCAUUACUCGUUCAAGGAAUUACAGGACGCUGUUAAUGGCGAUUCCCUGAAGUCGGAUGAUCUACAGAGGCUAUUUGACAAGCUGCAUUUCUUGAACUGCUCCGCAAACAAAUCAAGUCCGGAUUACCGAAGGGUAAGAUGAGUGUUGUUGGCGCAAAUAGCCCAAAAGAUGAAAAUUUUACACUAAAACUUAGAAGUCUUAAACUUAACUUGGUAAGGUAAAAGUUUCUAGCGAAAAACUAAUUACAACGAUUUUUAAUAAGAAAGAGUAACAUGAAAAAGUAAAACUGAGCUCAAGUUACUUUGAGAUAACUGGGUUAAGACCGAUCGAUCUUCGAAGCUGUGUGUCUUUCGUCUUCGAUCACGCGGUUUUUCAUUAAAGGCAUUCACUUUCAUGCUUUGUUCUUUUAGUGUUUCAGCCCUAUAGAAUUGCUCAAUGUUUCUGGAUCCUCACCGUCAAAACCAUUAAAUUCCUCGGAGUUUGAAAAGAUCAGUCCUUCGAUUGUUUACUGCCUUUUGCCAGCGCUUGAAAAGAAUUCUGGUCAACAACGUUGCGAUUCUCCCAGGAACCACAGCGAUCUUUUCGUCUCGUUUGCGAGGAAUUUCAGUCAUGGCGAACAAGGGAUCACU